UUCUCAAACGGUAGUAUUUUGCUGAAACUAGGUUAAACUGUUUCCUAGCCGUUUAAAUAGAUAAAUUUGCAAAUCACGUACGCACAUAUAGGAACCGGUUUAUCACAACUCAAGAUCUCAUUAAAAGUAUACUGGAGUAAUCGGAGAGUCUACCAAGCUAUUAGCUAUACGUUUAAAACAGCUUUUCCUAAGACGCUAUCAUGUAUCAUGCAAACGCUCUCGUAUUCAGUAUUUUUUCAUGGAUAUUCUUUUCCUCGAUAUAUGUCCAGAUCAGUGCCAGUGGAGUGCGAUCGAAUGAAACAAAAUGAUCUUGAACAAUGCAAUGAAGAGAAUUUUGGUCGACGCAAAUUGGUUAAAGAAAAGGAUGGCAAAGAAUGGUUCUUUAUUUGUUUUAAACACAAUGGAAACUAUACAUGGAAGAAAGAACUUGAUAAUGAAAAUGAGGUGAUGGAUGACAUCUUGCUAAAGCAGGAAGCAGCUUCUGAAUUCUUCAAACGUGGUCGUCGUAGUGUGUACGAAGAAUGCUAUAGUGAAUGUUGUCGUUACGAGGAAGUUUGUGAAAAUUUCAAAUCUAACAAAAAAGCUGCAAUGAAAUACUGGACAAAUUUCAGAAAAUGGGUCGAGAAGAAUAAUUAUUGUAGACGCAAAAGUGGUUGGUCAUGGUGAACUAAAGACAUAGCAUGAAAAUAAGAAUAAACGAAAAACUGGAAUUUCUGGACAGAUCUCAUAAGGCUGAAUGUAACUGAAAGUAGAGUGAUGUAUAUAUAGUGCGAUGUAGUUAUGAGAAUUGUUCAAAAUUAAAAUGACGGUUGUUCGAAACAUAAUCCACUUAACGCGUUUGUUUAUAAAUCUUAC